UUGUGUGUUUUCUGUGUGUUUUUACUGUGUGUGUUUAUUGUGUGUUUGCUCGUUGUCUUGUUGAAGUCCGUCUUCUCUCCAGAUUCAGUUUCUUAGAUGAUCAGAUUAAAUACGUCCCGUUACGUCUCUCCAUUCAUGUUUCCUUCAGUGACGUGUAAAAACCCAGAACGGCUGCAGACACGCAGCUCUGUAUCAUGAUGCUCCCAUCACCAUGCUUCACUGUGGGAGUUCUUGGCAUUCUUGGGAUCAUACACACAAUCCUUCAUUCUACAAUCUAUAGGAGCUGAAUUACUGUCAAAGAGUUGUACUGUUGUUUAAUCUGAUCAGAGUAUAUUGUUCCAGACGAGUUCUGAUUUGUGUAAAUGCUCGCAGACGCACAUCUCUGUGCUUCUGUUUAGCAGAGGAGUUUAGCGUUCAGGUCAUCCUCUAACUCUUUCUGAGUGACUGCUGUCCUCUAGCUUACCUUCCGUAUCAUUAUUCUGAGAGCGUGGUGUGAGAUCUUGCGAGGUUUACCUGUCCAGAGUCGAUUAGUGGUGAUUCCACCUGCAUGUUAUGGAACCAGUUGUAGUGACGGGGAUGUUUAAGGUCUUUGCUGCAGCUCUGUAGCUUUUUCCAUUUGAUUGUUUAAUAAUGCUGUUUCUGAGAACUUGAUGAAGCUCCUUCACCUUCACCAUGGAUGCUACAUAUUGUGUGAAAUCUUCCCAACCAAUGGCAAUGUCUUUUAUAAUCGCACCAGGAGCAAUUUGCACCAGAACAUUUUUUUGCAGCAUUUAUAUCUAGAACUUGGUUUAUUUUUAUAUAACCUUUACAAACCUUUCAUAUUUUUUAUAUAGUGUCUGAAUAUAGUGUCUCCCAAUUUUUUUUAUUAAACAUAUCAUUGCUUAAGAAUAAAUUAAGAAUACACAUAAUUAUUACAAUACUAAGUUAUUGUUAUAGUGUUAUUACAGUGUUUAGUUAUUAUAUUGUGAGUAUAGCUCACUCUUCUCCUCCAUCCAGCUGAAACUCACAUGACCCAAACACUUGAGUUUAUCAGCAUCACCACACUGGGCUGAGGAAAGUGUGUGCUGAUAUGAUAAGAGUGUGUGUGUGUGUGUGUGUGUGUGUGUCCUGCCAAACCGUUUAUGACCUUCUAUCCUAUAUAUACAGUGCGAUUUCCUCACACAUUUAGACAUCUCCACAGUUCACUCCUGUUCCUGUGCUGAUAAUCACUAGGGGGUUUAUUUUGUUUUAAAAAUAAUCACAUUUAUCUGCCAACAAAAUACAUUCCAAAAUCAAUAUAAAAACAUUCAUUCAUUCAUCCUUGGUAAACUCUUUAUCCUGUUCAGGGUGGCAGUGGAUCUGGAGUCUGUACCGGGAACACCAUCACACGCACACACACACACACACACGCACACACACACACACACACCUAUUGGGUAGUUUAUUGCAGCCAUUCCACCUACUGACACGGUUUUGGGAGGAAGCAGGAGAACCCAGAGGAAGCCCACACGGACACGGGGAGAACAUGACGUCAGCUUCACUUCAUUGCAGUGGAACUGAAGCAGCAGAGCAAACACAUCAGCGUGGAGUUUCAUCAUCAUCACUGAACAAGGCCACGCCUCCCUCACUGAGACUGACACAGAGGCCACGCCUCCUUCACAGGGACAGACACAGUAUACAGGCUGAGAUCUGCAGUGUGUGUGUGUGUGUGUGUGUGUUCGUGAGUUGCAGGAUGGCGAGUGAUGGCUCUGAGCUCUGCUCCCUCCCGAGUCCUGUAGUGCGUCACAUCGAUAAACACUUCCUAAUGUGCAGCAUCUGUCUGGAUCACUACCACAAACCUAAAGUGCUGCCGUGUCUCCACACCUUCUGCCAGAGGUGUCUUCAGAGCUUCGUCCCUGUCCACAGCCUGACUCUGUCGUGUCCUGUCUGCCGUCAGACCUCUGUCCUUCCUGAGAAGGGUGUGGCAGCAUUACAGAGCAACUUCUUCAUCACCAACCUGAUGGAGGUGCUGAAGAGUCAGGACACAGAACUAGGAGACGAGGACUUACUGCUGGACAUCAACACUGUGAGCACGGAACAACAGCUGUCCUGUCCCAACCACGGAGCAAACGUAAAGGAGUUUUACUGUCCCGUGUGUGAGACAGCUGUGUGUGAGGAGUGCAACAGUGAUGACCACGCCCAACACGUGACCGUCCCCCUCACACAUGUCCUCACACAGCACAGAGCUUCACUGCUGCAGCAGCUAAACUCUGUCAGGAGCAGACUUCCGGAGAUCGACUCGGCGCUGCAGACGCUGUCUGAGAUCCUGCAGCAGCUGACCAGUCAGAAGAGCUCAGUUGAAGAGAAAAUCCACACCACCUUCAGUGAGCUGCAGAAGAUGCUGGAUGUGCGUAAGAGUGUGCUGCUGAUGGAGGUGGAGGUGAACUACACCCUCAAACACAAGGUGCUUCAGGCGCAGUUAGCAUUGCUGCUGCAGGAGCAGGAGGGCAUGCGCAGUGGCUGCAGACUGACAGAAAGGGCAUUAUGCAGUGGCUCUGAGGCCGAGGUGCUGCUGGUGGAGAAGCAGCUGAGCGAGCGACUAAGUGACCUGGCGACUCGUGAACUUCCUCUGAGGCCUGAAGAGAAUGGUCAACUCAGCUUCACAGCAGAGACUGAUGGUCUGUGCAGCUCCAUCCGCCGUCUGGGUUCCAUCAUCACUGGCAGCGCAGUGGCAGGAGAGACGGUGGCGAGUGGUGAGGGACUGCGGCGCUGCGUGGUGGGCCGGCCCACGUCCAUCACUGUCACCUCUAAGGACAGAGACGGUGGGCUGUGCCAGACAGGGGGCGCUCCUCUCUCAGCUGAGCUGAAUGGUGCAGAUGGUACACUGGUGGGAGAAGGAGAAGUUGUCGACCACAAAGAUGGCACGUAUGACGUACUGUACACACUGUCACAUGAGGGACAGUACAUGCUUGCACUUCGCCUGUAUGGAAAGCACAUCCGCGGGAGUCCCUUCAGCAUCCGUGCCACCAAACACACGCAGGAAUCUGACAACACCAAUGGUGCCAAGAGAUGUCUGAAGUCGCUGGGGAGCUCCCACAUCAAACAGCAAGCCGUCAAGCGGCCCGGCAGCAUGUACAGCUCGGGCAGGGGCAAGGGGAACGCCACUGAGGAUGACCUCAUCCUCCGAAUCGGGACUAAAGGGAGAAAUAAGGGAGAAUUUGCCAAUCUGCAGGGCGUGGCCGCUUCAGACACUGGAAAUAUUUUAAUAGCUGACAGCAACAAUCAGUGUGUCCAGAUAUUUUCGAAUGAUGGAAAGUUUAAGAGUCGUUUCGGGGUACGGGGUCGGUCUCCAGGGCAACUCCAACGGCCCACCGGCAUCACCAUCCACCCCAACGGUGACGUCAUCAUUGCCGACUACGACACCAAAUGGGUCAGCAUAUUCUCCAGCGACGGUAAAUUUAAGAGUAAGAUCGGCUCUGGGAAGCUGAUGGGUCCUAAAGGUGUGUCUGUGGACAGAAAUGGGAACAUCAUCGUAGUGGACAAUAAAUCCUGCAGCAUCUUCAUCUUCCAGCCAAAUGGCAAACUCAUCCGCAAGUUUGGCACUCGUGGAAAUGGAGACAAACAGUUCGCAGGUCCCCACUUUGCAGCAGUGAAUCAGAAUAAUGAGAUUAUUGUCACUGAUUUCCACAAUCACUCAGUAAAGGUGUUUAAUGCGGAGGGAGAGUUCGUGUUGAAGUUCGGCUGUAGUGGUGAGGGAAAUGGUCAGUUUAACGCCCCCACAGGAGUCGCUGUGGAUUUAAACGGAAACAUCAUCGUAGCAGACUGGGGAAACAGCCGGAUACAGGUGUUUGACAGCAGUGGCUCAUUCCUGUCCUUCAUCAACACAUCAGCAGAUCCUCUGUUUGGCCCUCAGGGUCUCGCCAUCACCUCCGACUCUCACAUCCUCGUGGCUGAUUCAGGAAACCACUGCUUUAAAGUUUACCGCUACCUCCAGUGACACUCCUCGUCCCUCCAUCCACUUAUUCCUCCAUUCCAUAAUCCCAUCAUCCCGUCCCCACUCCAUCCCUCCAUCUUCAUUAUGCUGGUCAUGACCUGAUAGCACUGUUGCUUUUCCACAGUGUUCAGGAUUAUUAACCACCUGAGCUGCACAGAGGGAGAAAUAAAAUGGGCUAAAUAUAGCUACUGAAAUAAAUAAACACAGGUAAAAACAAAAAAAAAUGGGAUUCAAAAUUUAUUUAUGAAUUUCUUGAUUUUUUUUUAUUUUAAGAUUUGUUUGGAUUUAUAAUAGGACAAUUUACAAACUCAGCUGCACAUGCAGAGUGUUGGAGUCUCUCUGUCCAGCAGAUGUCGCUUUUCUCUGAGUUUUCACAGCUCUGCGCUCUGUAAUAAUUUAAUUCACCUGCUUCUGGUUUACAUUGAUUGCUCUGAUUAUUAAAUUAUUUUAAAUCCUC